UAACACGUGUGCAUGCACAAACACACACCCAGAGCAGCAGGAACGGAGAGAAAGUAUUUGCACUGUAUGUGCUUGUGUGAAUGUGCGUGUGAGGACAUUGUUAGAUUUUCUGUGGUUAAUUAUUAUUAUGUGGGGACAAGCAGUACAGAAAAUGGAUGGAUGGAUGAUUAUGAUAUAAGUAUUAUCAUAUAUAGUAAAGUUACAUUGAUACUGCCUUGACAGUGUCCAUGAAAACAUUAUCAAACAUUAAUAAUAUUUAAUUAGUAAUUAGUAUAAAUGGAAAAUACUGUCGUCUUCAGAUUUUAUAUUAGCUCUAACAGGGUAAUCUUCGAACCUAGACAUCAUUUUGAAUUUUGACACUUUUGUUUUGUAAAUAGCAAUCAUUUUCACAAUAUUCCUUUUUAUGUUUGAGGGAAAUCCUGCUAGGAACCUUUAAUACGGAGGAACUGUUUCCCUGCACUUCAUUUCCACUCGGUAGACGUUGCUGUUGUACAAGGCUCUGGCACGCCAUUGUGACUGUGAAGUACUGCAUCCUACUUUUCUCACACACACAGUCUUUAGAAUAACGACAAAGGGAAACAACGAUGGCUUCGGACUCUUGGGCCCAGGCUGUUGACGAACAGGAAGCGGGAGCAGAAUCAGUAAAUAUUGGAAACCUUCAACUAAAGGAUGCACCCGGAGAAAACGCAGGCAGUACUUUUGUAAAGUCAGAAGCGGGAGAUAAGACUCCAGGAAAGACUACAGAUGAAGAUGACCGUGAAGACAAAGCGGCCCAGUCAUUGUUGAACAAGUUAAUCAGAAGUAAUCUUGUCAACACCACAAAUCAAGUUGAAGUUCUUCAGAAGGAUCCCAACUCUCCACUGUACUCUGUAAAGUCCUUUGAGGAGUUGCGACUUAAACCACAGCUCCUUCAGGGUGUCUAUGGCAUGGGUUUUAACCGGCCCUCCAAAAUCCAGGAGACCGCCUUACCUAUGAUGCUUGCUGAACCUCCACAGAAUCUCAUCGCCCAGUCUCAGUCAGGAACAGGAAAAACCGCUGCCUUUGUGCUUGCCAUGCUCAGCCACGUCAAUCCAGACAACAAAUAUCCCCAGUGCCUGUGUUUGUCACCCACCUAUGAACUGGCGCUUCAGACUGGCAAAGUCAUUGAGCAGAUGGGCAAAAACUAUCCUGAAGUCAAACUAGUUUACGCCAUACGAGGAAAUAGGCUGCAGCGAGGCGUGAAGCUUCAGGAACAGAUAGUCAUUGGCACGCCCGGCACCAUGCUGGACUGGUGCAGCAAAUUGAGGUUCAUUGAUCCCGAGAAGAUUCGGGUGUUUGUGCUGGAUGAGGCUGAUGUCAUGAUCGCAACGCAGGGUCACAAAGACCAGAGUAUUCGCAUCCAGAGGAUGCUGCCCAAAAACUGCCAGAUGUUGCUGUUCUCAGCUACGUUUGAGGAGACCGUGUGGGACUUCGCCAGGCGCAUCGUGCCCGACCCAAAUAUCAUCAAAUUGAAAAGAGAGGAGGAGACGCUGGAUACUAUCAAGCAGUACUAUGUGUUGUGCAACAGCAAGGAGGAAAAGUUUGAAGCCCUGUGCAACAUCUAUGGCGCCAUCACCAUAGCCCAGGCUAUGAUUUUCUGCCAUACAAGAAAGACCGCAGGCUGGCUGGCAGGAGAGCUUUCCAAAGAGAACCACCAGGUGGCGCUGCUUAGCGGGGAGAUGCAAGUAGAGCAGAGGGCAGCUGUCAUUGAACGCUUCCGAAAUGGAAAGGAGAAGGUGCUUGUCACCACAAAUGUCUGUGCCAGAGGAAUUGAUGUGGAGCAGGUAUCGGUGGUGAUCAAUUUUGACCUACCUGUAGACCAGGACGGUAACCCAGACAACGAGACGUACCUGCAUAGGAUUGGGCGCACGGGUCGGUUCGGCAAAAGGGGGCUGGCCAUCAACAUGGUGGACAGCAGAAUGAGUAUGAACAUUCUCAACAGGAUCCAGGAGCAUUUUAAUAAAAAAAUUGAAAAACUCGACACACACGAUCUGGAUGAAAUCGAGAAGAUCGCCAACUGAAAGACCAAGUGUGCUGACAAAGUGGACGCCAGCUAGACUUACGCUCUGCAAAGACUGUAUGCUUCUUUAUGCUGGCUUUUUAAGUUUGUAUUUUAUUUUAAGCCGUUAGGGUGGAGGGGGCAAAACCACAUAUACUGCACGUUUACAUACACUUCAGUCUGUGGAACAUACCCUAUUUCACUCUUUUUACUAUAAUGAAAUUUUAUUUUGUAAUGCUGAAACAGAGACUCGCCUUGUACACGUUUUAACUGUCAAGUAACUCCUAAAACCCCAUUUGACUCUGCUGUUCAUACAUAUAUGAACAUUUUUCAUGAAUGUAUCCUCUUUAGGUCAUUACAACAUUGACAGUGUGUGGAAAGGGUGAAGUUGGGUAUACUGCUGCUCUGAGUGCAGAGGCGUCAUUUUGGGUGAUGACUGAUGGAUGGAUUUUAGGGUCUAUGCAAAUUUAGAGUAUACUCACAUGACAGAAAUGAAAUUAACCUCAACUUAUCUUCAGGGUGCGUAGCCAAAUGCCAAAAUGGAGAUGACCUACCAAUAACUCCUCAACAUUUUAGAUCAUUCUGGAGUAAGGCCCAGUCACGCGUCCCUCACAAUUUUAUUUAUAGAGUAUUAAGACUGCUCAGCUGUAACAUGUAGUUGUUUUUAAACAUGUGACGUGAUUCUUAGUUUUUUUUAAAGAUGUGAACCAUUAAGGUUCGAUGUGAUUUUGUCUCACAAUCUCCUCAGUCAGGGUUGGACUUGUGCACCAUUCUUCUUCAUCAUCCAAACUACAAAGUUCUCAAUGAUUGUGAGUGAGCUAAAUACACAAAGCCUUCCUCAAGUGCAUUAUGUAUUCAUAUACUUUUGUUAUUGGUAAUCCAAAAUAUUGGACUUCACAUGCUGAAUGACACUUGAAAUUUGUAUCUAUUGAACUCUUAAACCAAAUACUGAAUUGACUUGAGGACCUAUGCCAAUCAGAUUUACCGUGUUAAAAAAACACGGUCGCAUAAUAGAGGACGUGUACUUGUGUACACAUUUAAAAUCUACGGGGACAAAUAAAUUGUGUGACUGAUUAGUGUCACUUCUGAGAAGUGCAAAAACACAUUCCUCAUGAGGUUCAACUUUGACUGUCGCAGCUUUAGAGAAGAAGAAAAAAAAAAAAGAUUGGCUGUAUCUAUCAGUGAGUGAACAUGUGAGAUCAGUCCUUCAAAUCAUUGAAGGACUGUAAAGGGUCAGAUUGAACCUUCAACAAACCUCAUUUGGUUCCCACUGGCACUGUCAACACUGGUGGCGGUGGUCCGCUUUUAUUCAUUCCUGUUUGCAGGGAAUACAUGCAGCCAAAUUUAAGGCUUGAGUACUAAAUAUCCACAUGGAUCAUCUGUGAAAACAAAACCGUGUAUGCAGUUUCAUUUGGAUGUAGCGUAAGACAUGGUGGGCAUGUGUGUGUGGUAUGCCACAGUCUGUUUAGAUGCGCACACAGCAGCAACACUCCCCAUGUUGUAAACCUUGUUUGAUAUUAGAAGAUACCUUUUUGUUCAUGGACACACAGGAAGUAGUCUUAAGAGUAAUGUGUUUAGAACAAGAUAGGCUCAACUGUUUGUGUGGUCAAAAAGCUGAGCUACGGAUACGGUCAUGUAUUCAUUUGAAUAAAAAUGUGUAGGUGGUCAA